AUGGGGGGCAGCCAGGCCCCCAGGGUCGCAGACAAGAAAGGGAUCGUCUGGGUACACUGGCUCCUGGGCCAUAACAAGGGGGCGCCCCAGCCGGGCCUUGGAGCUGGCGGAAGCAGAGGGGGCGCCAGGCGGCGAGAAGAGGCCAUGGGCGCGCGGGUCGGGACGCUUCUGCUCGCGCAACUGUUGGUGCGGGUCGAAAUCGCGAGGCAGGCGUUGCGGGAUAGGGACCUGUUGCUUCCAGGUUUCGAGAACUCUUCUAUGCUCGCAUGGCCAUGUGGCCAACGGACUGUCCCGACACGCAUAGUGGGUGGAAAGGAUGCAGAGCUUGGGCGCUGGCCGUGGCAGGGCAGCCUGCGCCUAUGGGGCUCCCACUACUGCGGAGCAAGCCUGCUCAACCGCCGCUGGGUGCUCUCGGCCGCGCCCUGCUUCCAAAACAACAGAGAUCCCUACGAAUGGUCGGUCCAGUUUGGCGAGCUGUGUGUUACACCACCCAUUUGGAUCCUGCGGGCCUACCUCCAUCGUUACAGGGUGAAGAGUAUUAUUAUAUACCCCGAAUCCAGGAAGUAUUUGCAGGACGACAGCUCCCUGCUGAAGCUGUCCUCCUCUGUCACCUUCAAUAAGCACAUCCAGCCCGUCUGUGUCCUGUCCUCCUCUUCUGAGUUCAAGAACCGGGAUGACUGCUGGGUGAAUGGCUGGGGGGACAUCCAUGAGAAAAAGA